AUUAACUUUUUCAGAUUGUUUUGGUGCACACAUGAGUGAAUAUCAAAGAAGAAUGAUACCAAAUGGUUGCUUCAUAAUAAAGAACCUUUUCAUUCACUUAAACAAAAGGUUUAUUCCCUCUGUGGACCGUAAGAAAAAGAAUGAAAAAAUUUAAACUAAACCUAGUCUUCUCUUUUUGCUCUUGCCCACAGCUCUCUUUAUGAAACUUUGUAGAUCCACUUUAACUACAGUUCUUUGUAUUAUAGGACCGGAAAGUUACACUUUUACAAAUUGUUUAUCUGUUUAUGUCUAGAGUGCUUAAUCAUGGCCUAAGUGUAAUGAUGUUAUGAAUACAUCUAAUCAUGUCUUUUCUCUUCUUUGCCUGAACUAUUAGCACUAUUUUUUCUUCAGCUUCAUGCCCUUAUAUAUCUCUCAGUAUCCUGAUAUUGGUGCCAUGUCUCUCACUCAAUCUUUGUUAUGUCAGCUACUGGAACAAAACGAAUCAACACUAGACCGGUUCAGAGAGAUGCUUUGGUUAAGCAAACCGCCACCAAGGGACCUUAUGGUGGUAAGAACCCAGGAUGCACAACGAGCUGCGGAUUGAGGUUGCCGAGGAAAACAGAAGCCACAGCAGCAAGACUGAUCAAGCAUCUUGGCUGUAAAUUUGCAAAAGGUUUGCGUCUGGUGGUGAUGCGGAAGAAGAGAAAAUCUCCACCUUCCAAGGUUUCUUCUUCUUCUUCUUCUUCCUCAGGGAGAUCUCAGCCGUCGAUCAUGCCAAUAAGCAAUGACAGUCAUAGAUCAAAGGCUAUAGAAGACUGCAUAGAGUUCAUCAACUCAUCGUCCUCCUUCACCAGAUCAAACUCUACUUCUUAAUAAGUUUCAUCUCUCCCAAAUCCGUUGUCCCCCGUUGUUCAUUGUCUAUAUCUAUUUGCUUAUUUGUGAGAAUAUUGCAAGAAAUGUCUUUAAGUCUCUAUGUGACUUUCUGUUGAUGUGUACUAUGGCAAUAGUAAAAGUAAAUAUAUGAAAUCAGUUAUCAUCGUCCUCUUGCUCUGUCUAGAGAUUUGCUAUU